UGACCCUAAACAGUCUGUAAAGCAGUGGUUCAGCCAUGGCACUGCUGAUUGGAGAUGGCCCGUGGUCUGUGGUCAUUUUCACGGCCAUCUUCCUGCUUCUGGUGGACCUGAUGCACCGACGCAAGUUCUGGACUGCCCGCUACCCUCCAGGUCCUAUGUCACUACCUGGGCUAGGCAACCUGCUGCAGGUGGACUUUGAGAACAUGCCAUAUAGUUUAUACAAGCUUCGACAGCGCUACGGUGAUGUGUUCAGCCUGCAGAUGGCCUGGAAGCCUGUGGUCGUGAUCAAUGGACUGAAGGCGAUGCGGGAAGUGCUGCUGAACUGUGGAGAGGACACCGCUGACCGCCCUCCAAUGCCCAUCUUUAAUCACCUGGGCUACGGGCACAAAUCGAAAGGUGUGGUGUUUGCACCCUAUGGACCCCAGUGGCGAGAGCAGCGUCGAUUCUCUGUGUCCACCAUGAGAGACUUUGGCCUGGGCAAGAAAUCACUGGAGCAGUGGGUGACAGAGGAGGCUGGACACCUCUGUGAUGCCUUCACCCAGGAGGCUGGACAUCCCUUUAAUCCCAGCACCCUCCUGAAUAAGAGUGUAUGCAAUGUGAUUUCAUCCCUCAUUUAUGCCCAUCGCUUCGACUAUGAAGACCCUUUCUUCAAAUGGCUGCUCAAGACGUUACAGGAAAGUUUUGGAGAGGAUUCUGGCUUCAUUGCUGAGGUACUGAACGCAGUUCCAGUGCUCCUCCGAAUCCCUGGACUGCCAGGCAAAGCCUUCCCCAAGGUGACUGCAUUCAUGGACUCUCUGGAUAAGAUGUUAAUUGAGCACAAGACAACCUGGGAUCCUGCACAGCCACCCCGAGACCUGACAGAUGCUUUCCUUGCUGAAAUGGAGAAUGCCAAGGGGAAUCCUGAGAGCAGCUUCAAUGAUGAGAACCUGCGCCUGGUGGUGGCUGACCUGUUCACAGCGGGGAUGGUGACCACCUCAACCACACUGUCCUGGGCCCUGCUGCUCAUGAUCCUGCACCCGGAUGUGCAGAGCCGUGUCCACCAGGAGAUUGACAAUGUCAUAGGGCAGGAGCGACUCCCACAGAUGGCAGAUCAGGCCCGCAUGCCCUACACCAAUGCUGUCAUUCAUGAGGUGCAGCGAUUUGCAGACAUUGUCCCCUUGAAUGUUCCACACAUGACCUCCCGUGAUGUUGAAGUACAGGGCUUCCUCAUCCCCAAGGGGACCACCCUCAUCACCAACCUGUCCUCGGUACUGAAGGAUGAGACCGUCUGGGAGAAGCCCCUCCACUUCCAUCCUGAACACUUCCUGGAUGCCCAGGGCCGCUUUGUGAAGCAUGAGGCCUUCAUGCCAUUCUCAGCAGGCCGCAGAGCAUGCCUGGGGGAGCCCCUGGCCCGCAUGGAGCUCUUCCUCUUCUUCACCCGCCUCCUGCAGCGCUUUAGCUUCUCGGUGCCCACUGGACAGCCCCGGCCCAGCGACCAUGGGGUCUUCACAUUGCCAUGUAUUCCCAUCCCCUAUGAGCUCUGUGAAGUCAUGCGCUAGCAAUGACAGCAGCUCCCUCCUUCUUCCCAGCUGUGCUAUGUGAUGUCCAAUAAACCAGAUGUGUGGCUGCCAAUCA